CCUGCAUUACUCUCAUGGACAACUGGAUCCACCAAUCCCUCCUGUUUUAUGCCAAUCUGUACUAAUGUCUUCACUACGAGACUACAGGGUUUAGAUAGUUGGACACGCGCGUUUAAAUCGGAUCAUCUGUUAUGUAUUGCACUGUCGAUUUGUGUAGUUUGACUUGAAACAAAAAAGCGUGCGAAGUUUUUGGUUGGACCUUUCCAUCUUUGUGGACCAUAACACGAAGGAAGCGGAAAUUAACAGCCAGACUGGCUUUCUCAGAGAGCUGCUGCGGAGUUGGGAGAAAUGGAAAAACGAUCACUAUAACAUGAUUUUGCUGUUGUUAAGAUUAAGUGUUUAUAUAUAGAUAUUUUUCGCUACACAGCGGAGAUCGGAGAGGAAGACUCCACACCUCUGGGUUGACAGCAAGCAGACAAAGAAGAUCUGUCACUCCACGGUCAGCAGGGACAAGGACAGAAAUUAGGAGACAGAAGCAGAUCAGUCAGGGGUGUUAUUCUUGACUGUAGAACUUCUUUUUGGACAUUUAUAUCUGUCUCUCGUCCACAAAGUCAUCGCCAUGGAGGCAAUAGCUAAAUAUGAUUUCAAAGCUACUGCGGAUGAUGAAUUAAGUUUCAAGCGAGGAGAGAUUCUUAAGGUUUUAAAUGAAGAAUGUGACCAGAACUGGUACAAGGCUGAACUCAACGGAAAAGAAGGAUUCAUCCCUAAAAAUUACAUAGAAAUGAAGCCACACCCCUGGUUUUAUGGGAAGAUUCCCCGUGCGAAGGCAGAAGAAAUGCUAAAUAAACAGAGGCACGAUGGAGCUUUUCUUAUUAGGGAGAGUGAAAGUGCACCUGGAGACUUCUCGCUGUCUGUUAAAUUUGGAAAUGAUGUCCAGCACUUUAAAGUUUUACGGGAUGGAGCGGGAAAAUACUUCUUGUGGGUGGUCAAAUUUAACUCUUUAAACUCUUUAGUGGAUUAUCAUCGCUCCACUUCUGUGUCCAGGAAUCAGCCUAUUUUCCUCAGGGACAUUGAACAAGUGCCACAGAAUUCAACAUAUGUUCAAGCUUUGUUUGACUUCGAUCCUCAAGAGGAUGGAGAGUUAGGUUUCCGGCGUGGAGAUUUUAUCCAGGUCCUGGACAACUCUGAUCCUAAUUGGUGGAAGGGGGCUUGUCACGGACAAACCGGAAUGUUUCCUCGCAAUUAUGUCACACCUGUCAAUCAAAACAUGUAACUUGCAGAGAAAAUGUAGGCCUGCUUAAAGCACCUGUGGACUUCCAGCUGGGUUGCCACAGAAACAGAAAUGUCGGAGUGAUGGGAUGAAAAGGCUCAAUUGGUGAUGCCGAUGACGAUUGGCCGGAAAAAGAGAGACUGUUCUGUUUGGUGUGGUUGACAUUUAAAGAAGCACUACUGGCUGUGUGAGAAGAUGCUCAAGACUGAUAUUUCACUCAUGUAUAUCACAUCAGCUUUGCUUUUGAUGGGCUUUAUUUUAUACGACAUCAGUUGUGCUAAAAAAAGAAAAAAGUGUUUAAUAUGAAGGAAUGUCUAGUGCCACAAAGUGGCUGAUAGCACACAUCAGACCACUGUAACAUUAUUUACACCAGGGUUCUUUUUAAAAAGACUGUAUACUGUGUUACAUCUUUAGUCAUCUUUGUGGUGUUGCUGUUGGUGUGGGAUGAUAUAAGCUCAUUUCAUGCCAUCCUCUUGUUAAGUCGUGAUGUAUGGAAUACUGUUUCCAGGUCCAAAAUGCUACUCAUUUAAAUAGAGAAUAUAGCUGUUUAUGAUCAAUCUCUUAACAAAUCAUGGUGUACACCUCAGUCUGUGGGCUUGCUGUAUUACACCACCCAUUUUAUAAAGAUUUUACUUUAAUUGAAUCACAUUCUGUCCAUCUGAUAUUAGGCAUAUUGUAAUCACAAUUGUCGAUAGUAUUACAGUGCUCUGUAAAUGUUUAUUAGUAGCAUUUGUUGAGCCUGAAAGUAUAGUCUGAUAGAGCACUUGGACCUGGAAUCUGUGACGUCAGACUUAAAAGCUGAAAGCAAAUUAAAUAUGAAGUCAACUUUUUCUCUAAAAGGAACAGUUUACCCAAAAAUUUAAAUUCUGUCACUUACUUAAGUUGUUUCAUUUUAUAUAAAACUUAUAAAUGCAAAUGAAUAAAUUAAUUGAUUAAUUAAUCAAUUCAUUAAAAUAAUAAUAAUAAUAAUAAUAAAUUAAAAAAUCUUUGAGAAUCUUCUCAUUUUUGUUUCACAGAGGAAAGUCUUAGCAUAAUGGUGCCAAAUUAUCUGUUGCAGAUCAAUGAUCAAAUGCAACCAAUUUGGAUUAUUUCACAAAGACCUUUUAAAUGCCACUGGAUGUAUUUCCUUUAUUAAUUAAAUUCCUUCGAUUUCCUUGGAGUAAGAAUAUUUGUUUUCUGUAAAUUACACAGAAUAAAAAUAUUUACAGUGAAACCUCCCAAUGCACUUGUACAGAUUUCUUUUUUAAAAACAUCAAAUAUUUGAUGUAUAUAUUUAGUAGUGAAUAAAAAAAAUCUAGAUCUUGUGCCAUCUAGAAUGAUGCCAUAACUGUGUUGACAAAGGGCUGAACUUGCACAGAUUGAUUACUAUAUAGUAUGCAUUUUGUCUGAAUGUGAAUAAAAUUUGUUGCCACACUUUACAGGGGCCUUUAGAAGCAGCAUAUGAUGUCAUUUAAAUUUGUUUUCAUAUCUGUUUUAAUAACAAAUCAUAAAAUAUCAAAUAUCUGCUAGUUUUUGUACCACUUUUAAUGCAGAUUUUCAGUGUGAAGCUGUAAUAUGCAACUUCGAAGAGACUUAGCCCUUUAGUUGCUUUCUUCACAGGAAGGUAAUUUGUUUUCAUGGUAGCAACUUUUUUUGUGGUAACUUUCUAUGUACAGUCAGUUGUGUUGAUUGUUAACUUAGAAAGGAGAUUGGAAUAAUUGUUGAUUUUGAGCCAUUCCAUCUGCCGCAGUAAACCUCAAGAAUAGAAAUAAUGCACAAGGUAUCAGUUUACUGAAUAGUGUCAUUUAUGGUUAUGAGCACCUCUUCAAGUAGACUGAAUACAUUUCAUACAUUUACCUUUCUCUGUGUGUGUGUUUUAUUGUUGCAAUUAUUUGUCUUCAGUUAUUGUCAUGUAUGAUGUGUACACAAUGUCAAUUGGAGAAUUCUGGAGUCUUUGUAUAUCAGAAGUCCAGUUUGUUUAAAAAAUAAAAUGGUUUCAGCCUUUUU